AUGCUAGAGGUAGAUCUUAAUAUUAAAGAGGAUUCAACAGUUUCCUUAAUGAACAUUUUGGAAUUUUUGGAUCCAAUAGCUUCAAAAGUUUCAACCAGGUAUUAUCAAGGACAUAAACGUGUACUAUCGAGAAAUGACCUAAGAGAAAAAAUUCGUAACGGCAAUAAGAAGCUAAGUGAGUUGACAUCAAAAGAAAAAGUGGAAGAAUGGAAGCUAAAAGUUCUUGAAAGAAUAAAACAUUUAGAUAAGACUUUAGAUUCUAUAUUUUUCAAAAACAGCUCCACUCUAGAGAAAGCUUUUUAUCCAUUUACGCUUUUCAAUAUUUUAUCCAUCGGAUUCAUAAUGGGGAAAUUUCCAGAAUGGUUUCAUGUAUACUAUACUUUAGUGUUGUUUUUCCUUAUGCCAAUAAGGUUUUACACGUACUACAAGAUCCAAAGUCAUUACUAUUUGGCUGAUCUAUGUUAUUUUGUUAACUUUCUUUGUCUACUAUUUAUAUGGCAAUUCCCAGAAUCUACAAGUCUUUUCCAAUCAUGUUUUGCCUUCACGUUUGGGUCGUUAGCUUGGGCAGUUUUGACAUGGAGAAAUAGUCUAGUCAUACAUUCAAUAGAUAAGACUACUUCAUGUUUUAUUCAUAUUAUUCCUCCUACAGCAAUGUAUGUUAUCUUUUAUGGGAUUAAAGACUCAUAUAGAGAAGAGAGAUUUCCAGGUGCUAUGGCUUCCAAGACUUCCAUCAGUAUGAAAUCAAACAUCAUAUGGACAUCAUUCUACUACUUAAUAUGGCAAAUACUAUACCAUUAUUUUAUAACAUUUAAAAAAUCCUCCAAAAUUAAAUCCGGACAAAGAAUGACCAGUUUUGAGUAUUUAACUACUCAUCAAUUUAAAGAUUUUUGGGCGGCAAAAUUACCUUCUCCAAUCCCAAUGAUAAUUUAUACCAUUCUACAAUAUUUUUACCAACUUUUCACAAUGUUACUUUGUUCUAUUUGGAUUCGUUAUAAAAAACUUGCCCUUUUCUUCCUAAUGUCUAUCUUCCUUAUUGCUGCACAUAAUGGAGCCACUUAUUAUAUAGAUUAUUAUGGUAAAACAUUCAAGAAGGAAGUUGAUAAAUUGAAAAUUGAGUUGGAAUUAUUACAACAAGAAUUAAAUGAUAAAAAUAUCCAAAUAAAUUAUUUGAAUAUUGAACUCGAUAAAGAAAGCAGUAAUUCGAUCAUAACUACUGGCAGUACCACAAGUAUCGCUGGUAGCUAUACUGAUUAA